AGCAAAUGUGAAAAAACCAUUAGCGGCCGCGCUUCUUCCUCUUAAACAAUCCUGCCAACUAAUAACCCUUUCAUAAAUCAAUAGUAGCAUAAAUGGGUAUUCCCUUAGCUUCUGUAUUAUUACACCAUAAUGGUAAGAUCAAAACACAGUUUCUCAAAACCCAUCAUUCUUCUACUUGCAUUUGUUGCUCUUCUUGGAAUUUCCUUGACACGUGAUUUUCGCUCGGCUUCUUCUUCUGCUUAUGUUACCCUUGCUACCACUUGGGCUCGUGACAAAUAUCGUAUUGUUUCUGCAAACGUCUCCAAUGAUUCCCCAAAGAAAUUUCAGGAUGUAGCAGGAAGUAAUAGGGAUCGAUACCCUGAGAGAGCAUUAGCAAUGACCUAUGCUGAUUUGCCUGCACCUGAAUUAAAAUGGGAACAAAUGCCAUCUGCACCUGUGCCUCGUUUGGAUGGCUAUUCUAUUCAAAUCAAGGAUUUGCUUUAUGUUUUUGCAGGAUAUAGAAAUCUUGACCAUGUGCAUUCUCAUGUUGAUGUGUACAAUUUUACAACAAAUACAUGGACAGAGAGUUUUGAAAUACCAAAAGAUAUGGCAAAUUCACAUUUAGGGGUGGCUACUGAUGGAAGAUACAUAUAUAUAGUGACAGGACAAUAUGGUCCCCAAUGCAGGGGACCUACAGCAAACACAUUUGUUCUGGAUACUGAGACCAGAAAAUGGGAAAGCUUGCCACCUUUACCCGCACCAAGGUAUGCACCGGCAACUCAGCUUUGGAAAGGCAGGCUCCAUGUGAUGGGUGGAAGCAAAGAGAAUCGUCAUACCCCUGGAAUAGAUCAUUGGAGUCUUGCAGUAGCAAAUGGAAAAGCUUUAGAGAAGCAAUGGCGCAAAGAAGUACCCAUUCCUCGAGGAGGACCGCACAGGGCUUGUGUUGUUGUUGAUGAUCGGCUUUACGUAAUUGGUGGUCAAGAGGGAGAUUUCAUGGCCAAACCUGGCUCCCCUAUCUUCAAAUGCUCACGAAGGUUCGAGGUUGUUUAUGGAGAUGUUUAUAUGCUGGAUGAAAGUAUGAAAUGGAAAGGGCUGCCCUCUAUGCCAAAACCGGAUUCGCACAUAGAAUGUUCUUGGGUUAUUGUAAAUAACUCUAUUGUUAUUGUUGGAGGCACAACAGAGAAGCAUCCUGUUACAAAAAGGAUGAUUUUAGUCGGAGAGGUGUUCCAGUUCAACCUAAACACACUGACAUGGUCUGUCAUUGGAAAGAUGCCAUAUCGAGCGAAGACGACGCUGGCGGGGUUCUGGGAUGGAUGGUUGUACUUCACCUCUGGACAGCGGGAUAGAGGACCAGAUAAUCCACAGCCCAGGAAAGUAGUAGGAGAUAUGUGGAGAACAAAAUUGAGAUUACACUGAUGUGUUACCGACUCCGCGACUGUAUCGCUUUCAAUUUUAUUGUAUGUCAUUGCUGAGUUUAUUCAUUCUUUGAAAAAAAAAUAGGCUCAUUCAUUUAUCACUAGUACUUCUCUCUUUUUCUUUUUCUCAAUUUUAUUUAAUCUCAAGGUUAGCUUCAUAUACUAGCAGUUUAAUUUAGGCGGUAGUAAUUAGCUUUUUUGGUGGCCUCUCAUCAUCUCCCAUCUCUGUUAAGAGUUUGUCAACAGUGUAAAAUUACAGUUGUUGGAAAAGACUAUAAACAAAUACAUAGUGAAGCUUCUUCAGUA